AUGGACAAGUCUAUUCCAGAUAUAAUGCGUGGUAAGGUUAAACUUCAAGUUAUUCUUGAUGUUAAUGUGCAUUGGUAUAUUAAUCGUAGAAAGGAUGUGAUGUUCAGGAACUAUAAAAUGUCGGAUGAAGUACAGGAAGAGGAAACCAAUUUAGAACAGAUAGAAUAUAAAACUGAAACACUGAGCACGGAUGGGAAUUUAACCAGAAUUGAAAACACAGAAUCGGCCGAAAUUGUUAGUUCGUGUGCAAAUUCUGACGAAUUAAACUGUGAUACUGGGAUUACAAAUACUCCUGAAUUAACUGAAGAAUCUUCCGCGAAGUUAAUGGAAGACAAAGCUAUCACUGGCAAUGAUGGGAUUAAUGAAAGUACUGAGACAGAAUCUUGUGGUGUGAGUGGAGGUUAUGUUGGUUCUGAAGAAGAAUUCAGCAAUCCUUGUCAGCCAUGUUUAGAGAAUGAUAGAAAUAUUGACUCGUUGUUAUACUGUGUCGAGUGUGAAGAUUAUUUGUGUGAAAAAUGUGUGGAAAUGCAUAGAAUGGUUAAACCUACCAAAAAGCAUAAACUUGUACCUAAAGAUGUACUAAAUAACUGUGGAGAUGAGUUGAUGAUAAACAGAGAAGAGGAGUGUCCUAUUCAUAUGAAAGAAGUUAUUGAAUGGUUUUGUAUUUCAGAUGAUAAGCUAUGCUGCAAUAUAUGUAAAGCAACUGAACAUAACAAAUGUGAAAGUAUAGUUGCCAUUGCAAGUGUAGCUGAAACAACAAACAUGCAAUCAAUAGAAGAAAAGAUAGCAGAAACGCAAAGUAAAUUAAACGAUGCAAUUGAGAAAAAGAAUGUAGAUAUCACAAACCUAGAUGAGGACAGAAACGAUUCAUUGCAAGUGUUAAAGCAGAUCAAACGAGACACCGAAGAUACUUUCCAACGAUUAUUACGUUCUCUGGAGAAAGAAAACCAGAAGGUUGAAAACAUACAAAAAAGAGAAGAAAUUUUUUUCGGCCGAUAUAGAAAAUUAUUCAAGAAUAAUCAAGGGUUUAAACACAACUCUAACGUUGCUUCAAAAAGAAAACAUCUGUCUUGAAUACAAAUUUAUUCAAAUGAAAAAGGCAGAACAGCAACUACAAGCAGUUCAGAAAGCAAUUCUGAUUGCGCCUUCUAGACCUGUAUCACAUAAAAUUGGAUAUGAGAGAGACAAACAAUAUGAUGAGAAUUUGGCCGCUUUUCAAAGAUUCGGAUUCUUUGACAGUGAUAAAAAAACUUACACAAGCUCGGAGUCAAGACGCAUAAAUAUCAUACAAGCGAGAGAGAAGCUUCCAACUGUGUUUGACAUUUGUGAGGCAGGGAAUGACAAGAUUCUGAUAACAGACUGGACCAAUUGCUGCAUUAAAGUUAUUGACACAAACAAGGCAGUGGUAUCAAGCACACUUCAAAUGUCGGCAAGCCCAUUUGGCAUCUGUAAACUAGAAGAUGGAGCGUUUGCUGUAACAAUCACAUACCAUCGGAAAGUCAGUAUUAUAGAGUUCCAUAGAAAUAUAUCGGACCGCUUAAAGAAAGGUACGUCAUUUGAAACAGGAGAAUGUUGCCGCGGAAUAGCAUACAGUAAUGACAGGUUAUUUGUGACAUGUGGAGGAGAGGGUGAUAAAGAAGGACCAGGUCAUAUCAAAAUGUUUGACAUUGUGGGAAGAAUAUUGAAAACAGUAACGAAUGACUCAUUUGGAAAAUCAAUUGUUGGCUUUCCUUGUAAAUUAACAUUCCUUCCUGGCGGGACUACUGCACUUAUAACAGAUGUCAACAAUUUGAUUCAUCUCAAAUUAUCAAAAAACGAUAAUUUUGAUAUUAAAAAGCUAAAUACAACUUUGCCACCACAGACUAACUAUGCAUCAGUCUGCUUUGACGCGAAUGGACAUACUUUGAUUGCGGAAACUUCUACAAAAUCAAUAAAGUUACUUUCGAAAGAUAACACUUCUUUUGAACCAGUUGUGACAGGUUUGCAACAAUUUCCGUGUGCAAUAUCAUUCGAUCACCUGAAUUUAAAAAUGUAUGUCGGAUUACAUGAAUCUGCAGAUUUGUUAUGUUUUCAGCUAGACAAAAACAUGUGGGAUAAGCCAUCAACUUUCAGCUUAAGACCAAGUAAUAUUGAUCAAUGAUUGAAACAAAGUUGAUAUCAAUAUCAUUGUGAACAGUCAUAAAUUGAAAUGAUAUUGAUAUGAUGUUAUCAAAACACACCAGUCUAACAUUAAAAUGAAAUUUAAUUGUAUAUAAUGCUCAAUGAAAUUAUACAUUCAACUGCAUGCCAAUUUCAUAGUAA